CCGCGACAGUGAAGCAGCCACAAACUACUAUUUACUUGAUUCUUUUUGGUACCGUUCUUAUUCAAGCCACGACGCCAGUUCUCCUGACGGUGAUCAGGUGAUCAAGCAAUCUCCAAGUCAUGGCUACACAACGGGCAGCGUUGUGCCUCGCUCUGUGCGCCGUGCUAUUCACUGAUGCCAGCCAUGCUGCUAGUCAACCAAACUUCAUUGUAAUGUUCGCUGAUGAUACAGGUUGGGGCGACCUAGGUGCCAACUGGCCCCAGACAACGGAUACACCUCGUCUGGACGCCAUGGCUAAGUCUGGUACACUGAUGGCUGACUGGCACGCCGGUGCAUCAGUGUGCACUCCAUCUCGUGCCGCGCUUCUCACUGGAAGACUGGGCAGACGCACUGGGGUCACUCACAACUUCAACCCGACCAGCAGAGGUGGCCUGCCAUUGAAUGAGACCACGAUUGCGGAGACAUUGAAAGAGGCUGGCUAUCGAACUGGAAUGAUUGGAAAAUGGCAUCUAGGAGUUGAAGGAAAAUUCCAUCCUUUUUAUCGAGGCUUUGAUUCCUACUAUGGUUUGCCGUACAGCAACGAUAUGGGCUGUACAGGUACGCCAGGGUUUAAUAAACCUAUGAUGCAGCCAUGUUGCAAGGACAGCAAGUCUAGCAUCUAUUCCGCGGACUAUCAGCGGAGAGCUGAGGCAGGCAACUGCAGCAAAAGCCUUGCUGUGCCCUUGUACCAUAACGCUACCAUCAUUGAGCAGCCAGUUGACUUGGAAACUCUAGCUACCCGCUAUGGUGACAGAGCUGAGGAGUUUAUUGCUGACAAUAGCACAGAGCCCUUCUUGCUGUACAUGGCCUUUGCGCAUAUGCAUGUGCCACAAAACCAUGCUAAGCAAUUCGACAACGUUAGCAAAACUGGGGGUGAGUUCGGUAACACGCUACGCGAGCUUGACUGGACAGUAGGUCGUGUGCUGGAUGCUCUGGAGAAGAAUAGCAAGUCAGACAACACACUGGUGAUCUUUACCACGGACAACGGGCCAUGGGAAACCAAGUGCAACCUAACAGGAAGCAAGGGUCCGUUUGUUGGUGAGUGGCAGAGAACUACAGGCGGUGGAGGUGGAACAGGAAAGUUUACUACUUGGGAAGGUGGACACCGUGCACCAACAGUGGUUCAUUGGCCAGGUCACGUACCUGCAAACAGAGUCAGCCAUGCACUGGCGAGUAGUCUUGACAUCUUCCCAACGCUCGUGUCCAUGGCAGGGGCCAAGAUGCCACAAAAUCGUAUGUAUGAUGGUCUUGAUCUGACCGAUGUCUUGUUGAAUGGCAAUGAUUCUGCUGGACAUACACACCUCUUCCAUCCAAAUAGUGGUGCAGGCAAACAAAUUGGCAACUUGACAGCAAUGAGAAUCGGCCAAUACAAGAUUUUCUUUGAGACAGCCGGAACAGGAGACUGUCACCAAAAAUCAGGAAACGGCAGAGUGGGGAUGUACCAUGACCCACCACUGAUCUUUGAUUUGAGUGCAGACAUUGCUGAAGCUCAUCCACUGACAGCUACUCAUGCCCAGUACCAGACAGUAGUCAGCAAGGCGCUGAAGUUGCACUCAGCCGUACUGGCUGACAUUGCUACCGAUAACACAACGGUUGUGGACUAUGGCUCAGACGCAGCUCAUAAGCCAUGCUGUAACAGCAACAAUGUAUGUUGUCGCUGUACAGACUGAACGACUAUUAGUAUUGCAAUAGAAGACAGUGGCAUCCAGGCUGUGUGCCCAUGCAUUCCAUGUUGCAGUGCCACAUACUAGAAUUAUGCACACAAGUAUGUGGAAUCCAUAUCCAGUGGAAUGAUUGCGGCCGUGAUGGUGCUGCCCUUUGAAGCUUGUCCCAUGCAUGAAUCUAGCAAUGCUGCAUUCAAAUGCACAUUCGGUGUUCAUGGUGCCAGGAUGUCCUAGAGUCUGCUGAUGCAGCAUUUAUGGUGCAACUUUAACUGAUCAGUUUUUUUUAUACAUGAGCCGCAUUUGUGGGCAUCACAUGAAAAUUUGUAAAGAAUGUUACUUUGUUCGGUGCUGGGCAAAGAGCUUAACUUUUCACCUGGUGAGUUGCAAGUACUUCAAGUACCCAAUUCGAAGGGUAAAAAUAGAACGGAGUGGAGAAUCAAGUACAAUAUUCUUGUGAGAUUAAUCAAUGCAAGGCACCUCAAAAGGCCUUGAGUGUUCCCAUGCCUUAGUGCAACAGGCAGGGGUGCGGGUAAGCAACCAAAUAAUAGCAAGUUGAAGUACGGCCAAUGCUGCACUGCAUCAUUUAGUAUCCAAAAGAGGAACUAAAUUUUUACAGUGCAAAGCAUUGAGUAAAUAUAGAGCCCUACAUUGAGACUGUCACAAACUCUUUACGGUGUUGGUGUGGUAAUGGAAGGCUUCUCCAUUGAAACAGCCAAUAGACUGCAACAUCACCUCUUCGCUCAUAUUACCCAAGUAGAUCUGAUUGCAGUUCGGUAACCAAGACAUUUUGAUGGGUUCUAUCGUUGUCUGUGGGUAUAUCCGUGUGAUAGUUAUACAUGUACAUUGUGUGUGAGUGCAUGUGUGUGUGUGUGUCAGGAAGUUGAACAUGUGUCCUCCUUCGUAUAUCUUGGCAGCCUCGUUGACCCUGACUCUCGUGUUGGCCUUGAGGUUGAUCGUCGUCUUGCCAGUGCAUCUCGUGCAUUUGGAGCACUCCACUGUGUGUUUAACACUCCCGGCCUGUCCAUCCGCACAAAAAAAUGCUGUACGAAACUUGCGUUCUGACUGUUUUGCUGUAUGGUGCUGAGUGUUGGCCGGUUCUUCGUCGUGAUGAGAUCCGUAUUGACAACUUUCAUCAUCAAUGUCUACGGUGUAUCCUUGGAGUCUCGCGCUGGGAUCAGGAGUUGAAUCAUGUCCUGAAUUGUGACCUCCGUAAGCAUUGGGGGGAUGAGGAUCUGGUGUCGGACACUAUGCGUCGUCGCCGCCUCCAGUGGUUGGGCCAUGUAGCUCGGAUGCCUGGCAACCGUCUCCCUAAGCAGUUGCUGUUUGGAUGGCUUGACGCUCCCCGACCAGCUCAGGGACCUUGUCUUCGGUGGAAGGACAGAAUACAGUCAGACAUGAAACUGUGCCAGAUUGAUGAAUGGUUUACUCUGGCCCAGGAUUGUCAGCAAUGGAGAGAUGCGUACCGAACUCGUGCGCAGCGUCCUGCCCCGGUACCGCUCUCUUGCCUGGUGUGUAAACGGACAUUCAACAGUAAAUCUGGACUCGGACGACACAAAUGUUCUGCUGAUCGCCAGCUGCCUGUAGCGGAACAGCCGGACGCACGUCAAUGCCAUGCCUGCCUUCGGUGGUUCCGAAGUGCCGGUGGACUUGCUGUGCACAAGUGCACAACACCCGCCCCGGCAUCACCACCCACACCCCAGCGCAUACAAUCACCAGCCCUCCGUGUUGCAACCAGCACUGCGCUACCUGUGAUCGCUGUUUUAAAUCUGCUCCUGGCUUUUCGGCGACACAAUUGCAAUCGUGGACGGCGUCGUGGCGGAGCGGCUUCCUAGUGGCAGUGCUGACUUCUCUCGAACUCUCUCUUCUACUCUCCCCUGUCUCAGGGGCGGCGUGGCCAAGCAUUUGGCAGCUGUACACCAGGCCAGGUGUGUGUGUGUGUGUGUGUGUGUGUGUUGUGCUUUCCUGGUGCAUGAAGGCCGAAGCAGUACGCGUACAGACGUUAUUGUUGAACAGAACAUCAUGUUCACAUUAAUUUUGUUCCUUUUUCAGUCGUUGCAUGUUAUACUUAUAGUGGACCUACAGCAGACUGUUCAUCAGGUUUGUGAUAUUUCCUUCCUCUGUUUGUGAGUCCCUUUCCAUCAAUAUGGCAGCUUGUUUUGAUUUCCUUUUUUUCAAUUCAUUUUGCUGUACUUCCUGUUUUGUUUGCGUCACUGCCCCUCACCU